GCUCCCGACCAUCAUGGCGACCGUUACACACACCAUCUACUUGCGCUAUGAUCCCGCGGACAGGGAAAAGCUGGAGAAGGAGACUGGGCAGGCUACGGAGGCCGACGAGUCGGAGGACUGGGCGCUCAAAUCAUCCUUCUUGCGUCGUGCAAAGCCUCCUCCUCGAUUCGUGCCUGCGACGAUUGCAUAUGAAGACUUUACCCUUGCUGGGUCUAUGGGUCUCACGCCGCACGAUACGAAGCAGCCUCCCUCAGGAGGGACGGGCGUAGCCGACUGGUAUCGCUCUCUGGCUAGCCGAUCGUCUAGCGCCGGUCCAUCCUCCACCUCCGGCGCCACAGCGCCUACCAAUUCCUCCGACCCCUUAUCACGACCACGCACCGCGCCGUCAUCCAGUGCGCAACCUCAGCCUCCAUCUCGCACUCAGCCUGCACCCGCCAAGAAGCCAGAUAAGAACGACUGGUUCAUUCAGAACGUCUUGCGCAAUCCUGAUGAGCAGCUGCAUCAGCCUGCGCCAUCAGCAUCAAGCCUCGCUGAUAUCCUUGCACGGGACCCUCCCCCGAAACCGAAGGAGCAGCCAUUCAAACCUCCUGUCUUUCUUGCGCUAGGCCCUGCGAACCGUGGAUGGGGCAUGCUGCAAAAGAGCGGGUGGAGGGAGGGCGAUACGCUAGGGCCGAACGCCCGGAAGCCUUCACCUGCUGUCCCGCCUUCACGGAAAGGCAAGGAACGUGCAAGCUCGAGUCACAUCAAGUCCGAGCCUGUAGAGUUUGCUCUCGACGACGAUGGCGAAUUGAAAGAGAUGACGACGCUAUGGCGCUUGACGAUCCUGAGCCUGACAAGCGCCCGGUGGAUGUCGUCAAGGAGGAGCUAUCCGAUGACGAGGAUCUGCCAGAUGGGGACGAUGGCCGGCGCGCCCUCGUGAAGCCCAUCGCCACUGUCCUGAAAUCUGAUCGCCUAGGGAUCGGCCUCAAGGCGAAGACGGUGGGCCCAUACAAGGCUUCGAAGAAGCGUGUCACCCACAACGCGGCCGCGCUUGCUGCCCACAUACGUGCCGCGGAGCAAGUGCGGCGCCAGAAUGCAGAGAUGGGACGCGGUCAUCGGGCGUACGAGCGGCAGGACAAGCGCGAGCAGCGACAGCGGCGCGAUCUUCUCGCCUACCUCAACUCGUAGUCCGGCAUCGUCGAUGGAGCCCUGCUAUCUAGCUACGUGCCUACGACGUGUACACUGUUUUCGGAAUGUUCAUUGACUGCGAAGGUGCGCUGGGAUCGGUGUAAUGUCGCAUGUCGCUCACGCGCCAGGUGAGGUGCUGCAUGCUCAUCAUCCGAC